AUGGCCCAAAAAAGGCCAAAAAGUGUGCAAAAACAGCGCAAAAAACCUCUGCAGCCAAAAGGUCCGCCAGGGCGUCCCCAGUGGCUGGGUUCAAGAGACUCACGAACUGCAGCAGGAAGCAGAAAGCCCCCGUCUGCAGCAGCAGCAGCAGCAGCAGCAGCAGCAGCAGCAGCAGCAGCAGCGGCAGCAGCGGUGGUGGUGGUGGCGGUGGAGGCAACGGCAGGCAAACGCAACGCGGAAAACUGGCUGCAGCUGCGCCGAGAGGGGAAGCAGCAGCUGGCAGCAGCAGCAGGGAGCGCAGGCAGCAGCAGCAGGGGGGCAGGCAGCAGCAGCAGCAGCAAGGGCAGGCAGCAGCAGCAGCAGCAAGGGCAGGCAGCAGCAGCAGGCAGAGGGGGCAGCAGCAGCAGGAAGAGGGCAGACAGUCGCAGCAGGGAGGGGAAACAGCAGCAGCAGGGAGGGCAGACAGAAGCAGCAGGAGACAGCCGCAGCAGCAGGAAACGGAAGCAGCAGCAGCAGCAGCAGCAGCAGCAGCAGCAGCAGCAGCAGCAGCAGCAGACCUUGCUGAGCCCCUGGGCCUCUGCCCAGGCCUGCAGUUCUUUCUUUUUGCAAAGGAGAGUCCCGUGGCCAUUUGCUUCGAAGUAA